AUGACCGUCGACAAGCGGCCCCGCAAGGCCUACAUCGCCUUGGGGAGCAAUCUUGGCGACCGCAUCGCCGAGAUCGAAAGGGCCUGUCGUGAGAUGGACGCAAGGGGCAUCGCCGUCACGCGCACGAGCAGCCUGUGGGAGACAGAGCCCAUGUAUGUCACCGACCAGGACCGCUUCGUCAAUGGAGCUUGCGAGGUCGAGACCACCUUGGAGCCUCUUGACCUCCUGGACCAACUCCAGGCCAUCGAGAACUCCAUGGGCCGCAAGAAGGUGAUUGACAAGGGGCCAAGGAAUAUCGAUCUUGAUAUUCUCCUCUACGAGGACCAGGUCGUGGAUCAUGACAGACUCAAAAUUCCGCACAUCGGCAUCCCAGAGAGGGAGUUCGUGCUCCGCCCUCUGGCAGAGCUUAUCCCUACCAAGGCGUUGUACCCGCAAAAUCCCUGGAAAUUCACACAAGACUACCUCAAUGAGCUCGCGCCUUCGUCACCACCACUGACGACGCUCACUCCCUUGUCCGUCUCUCAGCCCCCUCUGCAGGCCUUCAAGCCCUCUCGCAAGACCCACGUCAUGGCCAUCCUCAACAUGACCCCCGACUCCUUCUCCGACGGCGGUAUGCAUCCGGCCUCAACACAGCCAAGCCUCGCAGUUACCAUCCGGUCCUUCGUCGCCUCAGGAGCGACCAUGAUCGACGUCGGCGGACAGUCCACCGCGCCGAACCGCCCCGAGGUCACCGCCGAAGAGGAGCUCGCCCGCGUCCUGCCCGCCAUCAAGCUCAUCCGCUCCAUCCCCGAGGCGAGGGAUGUCCUCAUCAGUGUGGACACGUACCGUGCCUCCGUUGCCGAGGCGGCCGCCCAGGCCGGCGCCGACAUCAUCAACGACGUGUCAGCCGGCGUCAUGGACCCGGACAUGCUGCCGACCGUGGCGAGGCUGGGCAAGACGGUGUGCCUCAUGCACAUGCGCGGCACGCCGGCCACGAUGAGCAGCCUCAACGACUACAGCGGCAGCUCCGGCAGCGAGAGCGACGGGCCGCCCGCCGCGGAGGGCCUCACGGGCGACGGCCUCAUCCCGGCCAUCGCGCGGGAGCUGCUGGAGCGCGUGGCGGCCGCGGAGGCGGCGGGCGUGCGCAGGUGGCGCAUCAUCCUGGACCCGGGCUUGGGCUUCGCCAAGCUGGGCGAGCAGAACCUGUCCAUCCUGCGGCACCUGCACGAGCUGCGGGUGUGGCCCGGCCUGCGGGGGCUGCCGUGGCUGGUGGGCUCGAGCAGGAAGAGCUUCGUCGGCAAGUUCACGGGCGUGGCGCGCCCUGCCGACCGCAUCUGGGGCACAGCGGCCACCGUCGCGGCGGCGGUCGAGGGCGGCGCCGACAUCGUGAGGGUGCACGACGUCAAGGAGAUGGGCCAGGUCGUGAGGAUGUCUGAUGCCAUCUGGCGAUACUGA